AUGUAUGGAGAUACUAAUAAAAGUACACCUAUUUAUAUAAUUAUUCAAUUAUGCCACCAAGGCAUAGAAAAGAAUAAACUAACAGAAAAUGUUAUCGCAUUUACUGUUAUCAAUAUAAAAGAAAUUAACAAUUCUACACUUAAAACAUUAAACUGGUAUAAUAUUAUGGAUGGUUCAGAAAAAAUUGGUAAAAUUUAUAUGGCAGCCGAAAUCACACAAAUCAUGUUUAAUGAAUUAACAGUAACUGAUAACGAUUUGAACGUUCCCUUAUUGAAACACAAUACAUUUCAAAGAAAUAAUGAUGUAAGUGUGUUAUUAAACAUUCCAAGCAAAUUUCUCCCAAAUAAAGUUUAUUCAAAAACUAAAUCAACAACCAUACAUAUAUAUAAUCAUGAACUAGAAAACAUUACAGAAUUUAAUGGUUUUGAAGACAAUUUAAAACAAUUCAAAAUCUACGAAUUUGAUAAAGAAAAAGAAAAGGCAGCAGUUAUUGGUAUAUUAAAAGGUAACGUGCAUUUGUAUCCUAUGCCAGUUAGUAAUGACAAACAAAGAACGGUUCAAGAAUUAUUAUUUUCUAAUUCAGCAUCUCAAAUAUGGCCAGGAUUAAAACCGAAUAAGAAAUGCAAAGUAGUCGUUCGUGUUUAUAUAUUGAGAGCAUAUAACUUACAUCCCUGUGAUAUAAGUGGAUUAUCAGAUCCAUAUGUAGAAAUUGUUUUAGGGAAAUCUCUUCGAAUUACAGAUAACAAAAAUUACGUUCCUAAAACAUUAAAUCCUGUGUUUGGCAGGUGUUAUGAAAGAGAAAUAUCAUUUCCAAAAUGUUCUAUAUUAAAAGUUAGAAUUAUGGAUUAUGAUAGAAUUGGAAAAGAUGAAUUAAUCGGUGAAACGACAAUUGAUAUUGAAUCGAGAUAUUUUAGCAAACACCGAGCUCACUGUGGACUACCAAAACAAUAUAACAAGGAUGGAUACAAUCGUUGGAGAGAUAGUGAAAAACCUUCAAGAAUUUUACAUAAACUAUGUUCGUUAUAUUCAUUGAAAUAUCCAAUAUAUACGACAGAUGGUGUUACAAUUGGUCCUAAAACAUUUCAUGUUCGCAGUGAAAAUACUGAAACCGAUAGACAAUCGUUGGCUUUGUAUGUACUAAACCAUUGGCAAGAGAUGCCAGUUAUUGGUUAUCAUUUAGUACCCGAAUAUGUAGAAACUAGAAUAUUAUAUAAUCCAAAUAUGCCUAAUUUACACCAAGGCAAAUUAGAAAUGUGGAUUGACAUGUUUUCUAAGGAUAGUAAUAUUCCUGAAAUGGUAGAUAUUAAACCACCAAUUGUCGAACUUUAUGAACUUCGUGUAGUUAUUUGGUCCGUCACUGAAGUAAAACUCGUUGAUAACAAUUUUUUUACAAAAGAAAAACAUAGUGAUAUUUAUAUCAAAGGGUGGUUACCUGGUGUCGAAAAACAGUCAACAGACGUUCAUUACCGAUCAUUGAAUGGCGAAGGAUUGUUCAAUUGGCGAUUAAAAUUCUCCUUCCCUUACAAUAAAACAGAAAAUAUUAUUGUCUACAGAAAAAAAAAUGUUUUCGGUUUGCACUACGAAGAACAACAAUUUAGUCCAAAAUUAAAUCUUGAAAUUUGGGACAACGAUCAGUUAUCACCAGAUUCCUACAUAGGUUCUUUGACUUUAAACUUGAGGAAUAUGACUCGUGGUGCAAAAUCAUCGUGGAUGCAUAAUUCAUCUAGAAUGUCCCGAAUAAACUUGUUCAAAGUAAAAAAAACAAGUGGUUGGUGGCCAUUCAUUUCCACGGAAAACAAUAAAAAUACUAUUGUAGGUAAAGUAAAUGCCGAUAUUCAAAUAAUGACCAAAGAAGAAGCUGAUAAAUUACCAGCUGGAUUUGGUAGAGAUGGGCCCCAACCUUUAUCCGUACCAAAGAGGCCAUCAACUCAUUACCUAAAGACAGUUAUGGAUCCAUUUAAGUAUAUAUUCCGAAGUUUAUUCGUAGCUAACAAAACAAAGUUUUUAAUUUUUUUAUUAGUUUUUUUUGUGGUAUUGUUUUUUCUUAUGUUGAUUUAUGCGAUUCCAGGAAACAUAAUAAGAAUAAUAUUUGACAAGUUCUUUAAAAAAUAA